AAAACGACGUAAUUUGAGUGUAAACACUUUAUAAUUUUUGUAGAAAUCUGCAUAUGAAUUGGGUGAAUGUUUCUGCAGUAUUGUUUUGGUUGUGUAAUAUACCUGCAGUGUGUCUAUCGUCUAAUAUAAGAGCUGUAAAGCAUAAAGGAAAUUAGUUUUUUGUUUCGGUUAUAAUUAAAAUGAUAAUGUUUCGAUAAUGUUUCGAUCGGUUUGGGUUUAUCUUGUGAAGUAACAAUUUAGCGAGUACGUAAGAUUUUAAUUACUAACUGAUCGUUGUGAUUGAAACCCAACAAUUCAGAUAUUUAUAGUAAAGUGAACUUGAAUUAUGGCACAUCCUGCAUCUGGCAGAAAAACUACAGAGCAUAUAAACUUUGGAAAGGCUGUUGAGGGCAUACCAAAUGGAACCUAUGCAAACAGAAUUCUUCAUGAGAUCACUAGAAGGCGCCAAGCAUUGGAAGAUGUUCUCAAGUAUCCUGACACAUCAACUGUAACAGUCAUGAACACCUUGCAUGAAUACCUUGUUAUGCCAAUAAGAAAUGUUUUAAGCGAGGCAAGACGGCCAUUAAAGCUCAAGUUUAAGUGGACAAGUUUUACCAAUCCUGAAGAAGAGGCAUCUACGAGUAAAGAUUCGGAUUUUGAUCAAGUCUCAUUCCUAGUCGCUGUAUCACUCUGGCUCAUUGAACAUGCACAUUUGGUGUUUCCACUAUAUCCACAAGAGGAUGACUUGGAUGAGGAAAAAAUGAAGGAUGCACUAAAUUCUCUUAAACUGGCUGCUGGUGUCUGUGAAUGUGUGGAGCAACGACCUAAAUCAGAUUACUUAGAUUUAACAGUUCCUGUAAACCAGGCUCUAAGGCAUCAAUGCUUGGCUGAGGCUCAGAUGGUAACGAUAAAUCGUGCAGUUCGCAAAGGCAACAAACCAGCCCUGAUCAGCCAACUUGCACAUGAAGUAGCAAAAAAGUUUAUUACAGCAUCCACAACAUUGCAGAAAUGUGGGAAAGCAGUGGAGAAAUGGAGACUCUUUCUCAUGUUCAAAGUGGAACUGUAUCUUGCCGUCGCAAGAUGUUUUCAAGGUGUUUCUUUCCUCGAAGAAAACGAACAAUCGGGCAUGUCUGUAGCCGUGUUAACCGUUGCUUCGAAGCAUAUCGCUGCUUGUCAUCAUCUUGCUAAGGAGUAUGCUAAGUUAAAACCCAAGGCUAAACAUCCGUUAAUGGAUUCUCGUGACUUUAUCUGGGUGCAGAAAUUAGUCGCGUUAAAAAUGGACAAAAGCAAUCGCGAGAAUUCAAUGAUUUAUCACCAACGAAUUCCUGAGGAGGCCGCUCCGUUAGACGAUCCUAAGUGUUUAGUGGCCAGCACAGAAUUCAACUUCCCCCAACCUGAUUUAUCGGGAGACCCAGUUGAAUCCUCAGUUUCAGCUAACACCAAAACAGCAUCACCUAAAACAGCAUCACCCAAAACAGCAUCACCCAAAACAUCGCCAGGACCGCGGCCCACGACCUAUUUAUAAAGCUAUAUACUGGGAAAAGCAUCGGGAAAUUUGUGUUCCAUAUGCGAUCGUGUUAAAACGCAAUUGCACAGUGCGAUAUUUACUUUUUGCACUUGGGAACCGUUUGAGCGCAUAAAUCAGACAAUUCGAAUUGUAUUCCGAGUGAAAACAUCACAAGAUUAGAACACUUUUCGUAGGCGUAUUACAUUUAUAGAUAAUCGUUUUUAGGUUUUUACUGCUCGACAUAUCAUAUAUAUAUA